UCUUCUUCUCCCCUACACCGAACAAGGAAGCCCAGCCACCAAAAGCACCUCCACUUGAAAAAACAAAAUGAAUUUCCAGAUCUGCUCUGCUUUAUUCCUCACCGUCCGUUGUUCUUGCCGGUGUUUGGGUGUGAAUUCUUCAAAUUUCUUAUCCCCUGAAAUUCUCCUUCAUUCUCACCGGCCUCCCCCCAAUCUGCAGCUCUGAUUUUGCUUGCUAAAUUUUGGUAUGUGAUAGCUCCAUUUAAGUCCAAUUACCCAUUAGUUGCUAAAAUUAUCCACGAAUUACCGCCCUGUGCUGUCCGGAUUUUUGUUGAAUUAGGGGGAUGAAUUCCGGUAGAAUUAGAACAAAAUUUAAGCAUUAAUUCUAGUAGAAUUUAUGUGAUUGAGUGUUAAUUAGCUGCUGUGAGGUUUUAGAGAAAAAUCCCGUGAAAUUAGCUAUUGUUUUGCCAAUUUCUGGAAGUUGCAGUUACCAUUCAUGGAUACUGUUCACAGAUUACUGUUCACGCACUAAUGGCCAACAAUAGAAGGGUUUAAAUGCAUAGUUUAUACUGAGAAUAAAAUUGAGAUAUCCGGUCAUAUGAUUAUUAAUUUUGGAAUAUUUUGGUUAGGUUCUUGAUUGUUUGGUCACCCCAGCACUUGGAGUGAAUUUUCUGUGUUAUGUGACUAAGGAAGUGAGACCCAAGGCACGGUUAACUAGAGAAAGUGACGAGCUAGACAGCUAGUCAGUAUUUUGGACUUAGAUCCUUUUUGGACUUAAGCCGUUAGCCACACAUGUUUGACAUAGAUGUAAAUUGAGAAAUCAUUUUUUUGUAUAUUGAUUUUCCUUGGUUAUAGCCAUGAUUAUUUUAUAAACUUUGUACAUCUGGACUAGCAAAUUUUGGGUAACUAAAAGCUAGUUAUUUAU